CAGGAAGGUUGUAAUCUUUGAGAUAUCAUGGCAAUGCUGUCAUCAGAUCCUCUUGUGGUUGGGAGAGUUAUUGGAGAUGUUGUUGAUUACUUCUCCCCAAGUGUAAAAAUGACAGUCUCUUACAACUCCAACAAGAAGGUGUAUAAUGGGCAUGAGCUAUUUCCUUCCUCAGUAACCAUCAAGCCUAAGGUUGAAGUUCAUGGAGGCGAUUUGAGGAGUUUCUUUACACUGGUUAUGACGGAUCCAGAUGUUCCCGGCCCCAGUGACCCAUACCUGAAGGAACACUUACACUGGAUUGUGACCGACAUCCCAGGCACGACUGAUAACACAUUUGGAAUAGAGGUGGUGAAAUAUGAAAUGCCAAGGCCAAACAUAGGGAUCCACAGGUUUGUGUUUCUUCUGUUCAAGCAGAAGGGCAGGCAGACAGUGAUCCCUCCUGCUUCAAAGGACCACUUCAACACCCGAAAAUUUGCAGAGGCAAAUGACCUUGGGCUUCCUGUGACUGCUGUUUUCUUUAAUGCUCAAAGGGAAACCGCUGCAAGGAGACGCUAAAACAAUAGUAAUAACCGAAAAAAAAUUAAAAAAAACCUGCUCUGCUCUCCAAGUUGUACCUGGAAAUGAAUUGCGACAAUAACCAGAGGGGACUGUGUGUUUACUAUUUGUUUCAAGAGCACCCUCUGGCUUUAUUAACCUAACAAAUGUCUAUUAGUUUACGGUUGUAUACUUUAUGUAACUUUUCUCAAAAUAAAUAUAAUAAUAUGGGAAAAUUAUACUGUA